CGGGCCGGGGUGAAGCAAGCGCAGGCGCCCGCCAUGGCCGCAGCUCUGGAUGCCGAAACCUUCGGCGGCGAGGAGUGCAUGGAAGAGGAGGAGGAAGAACUGGAGACGGGCCUGGAGGAUGUGGAGAGCGUGACGAAAUUCAUCCCGGGCGGACGAGGCUGCUGCAUCCUGACCCGCCGAGGCAUCACUCUGAGGGUGCUUCUGAAGGAUGGGUUGAUUGACCCGGGAGAAGGGGUGCUCUCCAUCUAUUACCUGGGGAAGAAGUUCUUGGGCGAUCUGCUGACGGACGGGAAGAUCAUUUGGCAAGAGACGGGGCAGGUCUUCAACUCGCCCAGCGCCUGGGCUACGUACUGCAAAAAGCUGGUCAACCCGGCCAAGAAGUCGGGCUGUGGGUGGGCCUCGGUCAAGUACAAAGGCCAGAAGUUGGACCAGUAUAAAGCCGUCUGGUUGAAGAAGUACCAGCCCAACGCUCCCCCUGCGGAGGAGAGUUUGGUGAGCGAAGGAGAAGAGGAAGACUUGGUGGAAGAGGAGGAAGAGGAACCCAAGAAACUGGAGGAGAAAGCCAGGAGGCAUCAAGCCAAAGGUCUGGUGGAGCUGCACGCUGCAGAUAACAGCAAGAAACUGGACUGCAGGAAUCGCGUCCCGGUCCGCUAUUGUAGCUUGGGCAGUCAUGAUUCCUCCAGGAAUCCUCACACCUUGGUGGAAGUGACGUCUUUCGCAGCCCUGAACAAAUUCCAGCCUUUUAAUGUCGCCAUCUCCAGCAACGUUCUCCUGCUCCUGGACUUCCACAGUCACUUGACCAAAAGUGAGGUGGUCGGAUACCUGGGUGGCAGAUGGGACAUCAACAGCCAACUGCUAACGGUGCUGAGGGCCUUUCCGUGCCGGUCCCGCCUCGGAGAUGGAGAGCUGGCGGCGGCUGUGGAGGAGGAGAUCUGCCAGAAUCUCUUCAUGCGCGGCCUGUCCCUGGUGGGCUGGUAUCACAGCCACCCCUUCACCCACCCGCUCCCAUCCCUGCAAGACAUCGAUACGCAGAUGGACUACCAGCUGAAGCUGCAGGGCACCUGUAACAGCUUCCAGCCCUGCCUGGCUCUCAUCUGCGGACCGUACUUCCACGGGAACCAAGGCGUGGAGUCAAAAAUCUCACCGUUCUGGGUGAUGCCCCCGCCAGAGCAAAGACCGUACGAUUACGGCAUCCCCAUGGAAGUGGAGGUCACAUAUGUCCAAGAUGGCUUUCUAACCAACGACGUUCUCCAUGAAAUGAUGCUGCUGCUGGAGUUUUACAAAGGGGCCCCGGACGUGGUGAAGUUUCAAGAGACGUGGAGUCAGGAGCAGACGUACUUGGAUAAGCUCAAGGGCUCCUUAGCUUCCAGAACACCCAAGGACCAGGGCUUUGGACAUAUCUUGGAACAGGUGUACAGCAUCCUCAAACACAACGGAUAG